AAGAUAGAGCUGUCAGAGAGAGCAAAAGUUGCAGAGGAGGCUGUUGGGGGAGCUGCCAAGGGGGGCGAGAGGUUGGAAGGAGAUUCGAAGGCUAAGAGCAUGCCCGGGGUCAUCAUGGAGAACGGGAGCAGGAAUGGAUCGCAUACGAACCACGAUAGAGAUCAGAGGCUGAACGGACUCAAUGGAGCUGGAUAUGCCAUGGAGAAAGGGAAGGGCAGAGAAGAGCCCUUACAAAACGUCACGCCUGUCAGCCCACCGAUACCAAAUGGUCUGAAUACAAACAUGGCAGGGGGGCGUCAGAAUGGAGACGGCGGCAUUCCUAAGGACAUCGAGCCUCAGCUCGACCAGCUCCCUCCUGAGAUUCUUCACAUCACCCAGGGCUACCUGCCUCUCUCAUCACUACUGUCUCGAUUGGCGCAAAAAACUCAUAAUGACCUCACGAGAACGAUUACGGACAUGGCUCAGAUGGCAUUGCCUCCUGCGGUGGCGAAUGGGAAUACAACUCAUGGCAUGAGCAAUGAUGACAAUUCGCAGGAAAAUCUCUCCAAGAAGCUACGACUACUGAACUUUGCGCAAGAUGCACACACGGAAUGGACGAAAGCUUUGAUCAUAACGAAUUGGAGCCGGAGGAGCGAGGAUGUGAGCAAGAUGAUAGACCUGAAAAUCCAUUUGGACAAGCAAAAGUCGCACUACGACUUUGCGAUUAAUGAGUUAAUGGAAGUUAAGAGGAGUCUCGUGCAUGCACGAUUGCCAAAUCCUGAUCUCAAAACGGCUUUAGCUGUUUUGACGACGGGAAAGGCCUCUUGGAUGCCAGAGCUCGGCUAUAUACAACCGCCACCAUUGACGGCCAAAGAGAUCCUGAAGUCAUUGGAGAAUCUCAACACUCUUCUUUCAAUUCGCCUCAGCCUUCAAGAGUAUGACAACAUUCCUAUACAUUUCAUGGACUACACUAUCAAAUCUGGACGUGCGACUUUCAAUGUUGCAGGAGAGUUCGCGGUGGAUCUCACGAUAGCGGAUGAAGACCCCGAGACUCAGUUUUGGUUCAUCGACUUUAGAUUCCUAUUUUCGCCAUCUUUGUCAGACGUUCCACCGCAUGUUCGGGCUCAUAUCGAAUCGCGGGUUAAUGAAGCAUUGAUGAAAGACGGCCUUGCUGGGUGCUAUAAAUUUUUGCACAAUAUGGUGUUAACUCACAAGAUCAGUGAGUUCAGGCGACAGGCGGUGGGCUUGGCAAGGGGGAAAUGGAUCGAUGGUUUAAAGGUGGAAGCGCUGAAUAGAGCUCUUUCCAUCCAAUACUGGUUGGAUAGAUAUGGUAGGAAAGGGCCUAAAAGUUGGAUUAUUCUUGGUGUUCACAGUGGCAAGCGGAAGGUUGGCAGACCUCACCUUAAGGAUACGAGCCGGCUGUUCUUGAGAUGGUUCCGAGAUUCGAAAGAAGUCAAGGAAGUGGAUAUCCCGUUCGACGCGGUUGAUAUCUCAGCUGAAUCACUUCUGAAGACCGUCAUUGCGAAUCAUGUGGAUCACAUAUUGACUUCAACAUACGAACGGCUCCGCCUAAAGCCUUUAUUUGCGAGUCAUGAGGCAGUCUUAUCUGUUUUUAUUUCAAAGACAGAACCAGCAGAGUCGGAGUUGAAGGUACAGUUGACGAGUGAUCGACACUUGACGGUUAGAAUCGAGCCAAUCACUGGUUGUUUCGUCCUCGGUCCUUCGUCUCGGUUGGCUGUCGAAUUUGAGUUCAAACUGAACGACCAGUGCAACGAUCCUGCCACGAAUGCUCACAAUCUCAUCGAAGAAAUGCGUCAAAGGGCGGUUAUGGAUGAUAUACUCCUGCGUGGCGUGAGUCUGGGAUGGAUCAGAGUCAAGAAUCCUGGUAUCAAAUUAGACGACCUGAGGAGCGUAAUACCGAAAGAGACCUCACAAGUACUAUGGCUUCAAAGACCUGGCUGGGUCAAGAACUGGUAUUUUGCUGUCAGCAUGAGUGUCAGUGGGGAGCGUUGGUGGUUGAUUGAAACUACCGAUCCUUCCCCAGAUGCCAACAAUGCGCCAACCGCUCGAAACCAGAAAAAGGAUACUACUGUCAAGAUCACCAGCUCUAUCCCAAUACCCAUUCAAAGCAUCUCACCAACCCCUUCCUAUGAUUUCAUGGCCAACCUUCACGUUUUCGCCGCCGCCCUUGUUUCUCACUAUGUUAACCUCAAAGCAUUGCAUGAACGACGCACGCGCCACAAGCUGCAAUCAUGCGGCACCAUACCUUCUUGCGUCAAGGUUCCAGCGGUAUACUUGCAGUUAUCGGAGCUUAUCGCAACGCUAGGUCCAGACAAGAAGUCGAUCGUUGGGAAGAAUAUGGCUUUGAGAGAUAUUGUUCAGCUUACAUUUCAAGGUCUUGAGACUCGUCCCAGACGCUCGAAAGAUACUCAGGCUGUUACUUCACCCACGGUCCAACAAACGCAACCUUCGGUGCCGGCUCCUCCGCCCGCAAGCAAUCUUCCAGCACAAAAGCUGGGUCUUCCUCACGAGGAUGUCUUUGUGAUGACAGAGGCCCGAAUGAUAUUUUCCCCGCCCCCUCAAGCUCUCAAGAUGAUAAAAGAGAACAUCGAUCGGGACAUUGCCUUCCACCAGACCAGUGGAGCUUUUGCCUUGCGUUUACGCAGCAGAGUUGGCGAAUCUAUCGUGUCUAGUCUUAUAGAACGUGUUGUGCGCAUUGAGCGUUUGGUGAGUUUCAUCAAAAUCCUGCAAGCCCAGGAGAAGUCGAUUCAGUGCAAGACUAUAUCUCUUGGAAGAAUCACCUUCACCUAUGGGAAGGUUAUUCUUAAUGCCGAUGGGGAUGUGACGGAGAUCGAUGGAGGUGGCCCAAGAGAAUUUACUGCUGUAGUCGACUUCAGCACCGCCGACAAUAUGAUGACGCUUAUUUUGGAGCGUGGAAAUCCCCACCUCGAGAUAAUUGAUCAUCUUACUCGGAUCUUGAAUGGCAAAGAAGGCCUCGAUGGUGUCGCCACUCUUCUUCCACUUACGCUUCCUGUUCUGCAAGGUCUAGAUGCUCUUGAAAUGGCUUGGGCUUCUGUACCCAAAGGGCAAGCAUUCGUCAACGUCCGGGCCGCUGAUUGGUACAUCAUCCGAUACGACAUCUCCAUCUCGCCACAGACUGGGACCACUUCCGAGUUCAGGACACAGAAGGUCAUGUUUGAGGUCAGGCUCAGACACCGGAGAGGGAUCCCGUGGUGGUAUAUUAGACGCACUGAUGCUCGCGAGAGAGAUGGUGACGGAAUUGAUGUAGCAUUGAAGCCAGUCUGGAACACCGCUGGAAAAGGAUGGCAAGGGAUGCGAGUCAGUGGUGUGGCACAGGCGAAUGGAGUUGAAGAUCUAUUGGGGAAGGUAGACGCAGCGUUGAGGAACUUUGUGAACAGUAAUCAGACGACACAGGCUCAAUCUGUCGCUCCUGUUGCUCCUAUGAUGCAACCUCGAGCUAAGGGUCCAGCACGGCAGCAGCAGCAGCAGCAGCAACCAACCCCAAACCAAAGCCAGAGCCAGAGCCAGAGCCAGAGCCAGGGAAGGAACAACCUGAAGCGGGAAGUCGUGGAGAUCGAUUAG